UCUCCAUCCUUCGCGCUUAUUUCUUCCCCAACCCACCAUGUCGAUGUCAAAGCUGCAUCCAUCGCUCCCUGCUCCGGUGGUCCACAGCAGCCAUAUGACAUCCUCGGCCUCAAAAUCACACGUACUGGCCGGUGUACAGGACGCGUAUUGGAGUGAUGAGGAGGCGGAAGAUGAAGACUGCCCGCUCUGCCUUGAGGAGAUGGACUUGUCUGACCUGAAUUUCAAGCCGUGUCCGUGUGGUUACCAGAUUUGCCGUUUCUGCUGGCAUCAUAUCAAAGAGAAUCUCAAUGGCCGCUGUCCUGCGUGUCGUCGUGAAUAUUUUGAUGAGGCCGUCCAAUUUAAGCCGGUCAACAAAGAGGACCUUAAGCGCCUAACGCAGCAAAAGAAACAGCGUGAACGCGAAAGAAAGGACCUUGAUGCCCUUGGGAGGCGUCACCUUACAAAUGUGCGAAUCGUACAGCGCAACGUGGUGUAUGUCGUCGGUCUCGGAUCACGCUAUGCAAAGGAGGAGCUAAUUCCGACUUUGCGCUCAAGUGAUUAUUUUGGGCAGUAUGGGAAAAUCACUAAAAUCUUGCUUGUGAAGCGCACUCCGCCCGGUGGGAGGGCUCCCAUCCUCGGGUUGUAUAUAUCGUAUUACCGGCGUGAAGAUGCCGCUCGCGCUAUUCAGGUAGUCGAUGGUGCUCCCUCACCUAGCGGUGGAGAUGAGAUGAUGCGAGCGAGUUACGGGACUACCAAAUACUGCAUUGCAUUCCUUCGAGGCGUCUCAUGUACGAAUCGUGGUUGUAUGGACCUUCAUGAAUGGGGUGAUGAAAAGGAUUGUUUCACCAAAGAGGAUCUGACCACAUUGAAACAUACAAUGAAGGAUAGUGAGAAUCGUCAAAGGUCUGGAGUCGGGAUCAAGAGAUCCGAAGAAGGUGCUGGGUUACCGCGUUCCGCUGGUUGGGGCACGAAACCGGCUCUCGGACCUUCGUCAGUGGGUAAUGCAGGUGGUACUUCUGCUCGGGGUACUCGCAGAGGUCACCGCACCACCAGGUCCGGUGCAGUGGGCGAAUCACGGACGCAACAAUCUCUUUCUGCCAGACAGGGAGCUCCGCCAGAACGAAGACAACCUACGAAGCCCUCAUCGCAGGCGUCCUCGUCUCGACCUUCCACACCUAGCAUUGCGGGUCUACCUCAACUCCCUGCUUCUCCCGCAUCUGCCAUUCAAACUGCUAGGCAGAAGCAGCGGAAGGAUUCUCAGAAUCCCUUACCUCCGCGCUCCCCAGCUUCUUCCGUUGCUGUGGAAUCAGAUGCAGGCUCUGGAGAGGCCGUAUCUGCAUCGCCGUCUUUGUCUGCUCCAAGAGUGGCUACCCCUCCUGUUUCUACAACGGCGGCUCCUCCAGGUUUACCAGCCGUACCUCCUGGCCUGAGUACUCCUCCGCCUGGCAUUGCAACGCCCUCAACUGCACAGACCUCUUCCCCUCUUAUUCGCGAGGCUUCGACUUCAUCUUAUCAGAUCUCAACUCAGGCCCAGGCGUUGCUUGACGAUGUUAUGAAUCGUCGUGAAGCACUACCAUCUUCAACGUCCUUUAGUCCCUUCCCGGAUCUUGAUCGCACCUUACAGAAUCUCACUGGCGGAGAUGGUGAAUCGGGUGGUUUUAAUUUCAAUUUAGAUCCGAAGCUUGCCGUCGACGAUGAACAGUUUGAUGCUCUUCCGGACUUAGAUAGUGACCAAGCGUUAUCGCCUGGUGGGCACUUUGAUCCGUUCUCCGACGGGCGUCCAGUCAAUAAUGCGUCGCCAUUCCACCCACCCCCUGGACUUUCGCAUGGUAUUAUGUCGUCUAGGCCUCUUUAUGAAAGUUUCAAGGCACCUGGAGUAGAAAGGACUGCGUCGUCUUCGUCAGGAUACACUGGAUCAUUCAAUCCUUUCGGAGAGGCGCCAGAGACGCCGUCUCAUACCUUUGCUCAACGACCUUCCCCAGCACCGGACGAUGACGCUUCUCGCCGAAUGUCACGAUUUGGUUUUGCUCGGGAAAGGCAAAGCUCGAGUGGAUUCCUAAAUUCUGGGACGUCCUCUCCACUUUUGAGUGCAAAUACCUCUUUAUCAUCUCUUUCGCUGGCCGAGAAUGCAAAUCCGCCCUCAGGAACGAGCUCACAUGCACCAUGGCCGUUCCAGAGACAGCAUGAGUUCCCGCCUCCACCAGGCUUGGGCAUGCCAACGCGUACAGGAACACCAGGUUCAACGCGUGGAUCUCCACUUGUCCCUUAUGCUCAUGCACAAGCGCUUCCUCAUUCGACACAACCAUCCUAUGCACCUCAGACAACACGCUUUCAACCCUUCGACAUGGGCUCAUCUGAGCAGUCUUUGAAGGACAUGUUGGGUAUUGGCCGUGGCCCGGCUGUGCGCACGACUGGAGCUUCUGACAACCAUAAUGUACUAAGCUCUUCUCGAGCUCCGUUCCAUGAUCCCGCCAUUAUGUCGUCAGUUCCAUAUAUGUCCGCUGCAGGGAACGAUGGCGGGUUCCACUUCUCUCCGCCAGACAGUAGUUUCUCAUCGGGCCUAUCCCAAAGCAAACCUCCCGGGCUUUCUCUUCAGCAUGGUCAGCAAUUCACGUCACAGCAUAACGUGUCUUUUCCGGGACAAGUCCCUUCGUCGCUAGCAUUCGCCAACGGAUUGGUGACCUCGCCCAUGAUUGCUCAAGGUCAAUCCCAUAAUCAAGGACCUUUGGUCUAUCACUCAUCACCACCAUCUUUUUCUGCAUCAUUGCCUGAAAAUGAAUCUACACCGGAACCAAACCGUGCUCCAUCUCCGAUGCUCUCGGCUGCUGACUUCCCGGCUUUACCAACCGCUGGUGCAAGCUCCGACACCCAUUCGCAACCGCGUACUGCUCAAUCAGCGCAACAGACCCGUGAUUCUUCUCCUGUCAAGGAUGAAGCCGUUCAGACAAAGUCGGAUCGUAAGGCUGCGAAGAAAGCAGAAAAGGCGGUCGAACGUGAGCGCAUAGCGAAGGAGAAGGCAGCUGAGAGAGAACGUAUCUCAAAAGAAAAGGCUGAACAGCGAGAGCGAGCUGCUAGGGAGAGAGCCGAAGAGAAGGAGCGACAAGCGAAGCAAAAGGCUGAGAAAGAGCGUUUAGCAAAGGAGAAGGCAGAACGCGAAGCUGAGAAAGAGCGAUUAGAAAAGGAACGUCUGCUUGCGAUGCGAAAGGUUGAAGCGGAUAAGGUGGCAGAGAAGGCGGCAAAGAAUAAAGCUCAGGCGAAGGCCAAACAAAGUCUAAAGGGUGAUACUGCGGAAAAGGCGGAAGGUUCUCGGCCAGCCACGAGCAGGACUCAGUCUAGCAGUGCUGCAGUCGAGACUGCUUCACCUAUGCCCAUAUUGUCAAAGAUGCCGAAGAAGAACAAACCGACGACGAAGCCGAUCAGGAUUCCGAAAGAGGAUGAUGUAGCCCAUGAUACGCAAUCCAGUGUUCCUUCCGCCGUGACCGCUAACUCAGAGUCGGUUCAGCUUCCUACGCCGAAGCUACCCAAUGUGUCCGAAGUCACGCGAUCUUCUUUAGAGACAGAUGUUGACAGUGCUGGUAUGACUCGGGAGUCUUCUGAAAGUGGUCCUGCGACGAAGGCAAAGUCCGUUGCGGAACUCUUUGAAGACAUCGACGUAGAAAAGGGACAAUUUUACCUCGACACUCAUCCCUUCUUCGAUACGAGCAAGAUUAAUUCGGCUACCAAGAUCUCACUGGAUUACAAUACCAUGGCUCGAGCGCUUUCUGCCUUCCCAGUCACCGGAGCGGUUUUCACGGACCACCUGUCCCCUCUCAAUGAUAAGACCGUUGCAUCAUUCCAGCAGCUAUUGGAAACAUUGACCCAAACAAUGUCGGACUUGGUACAGCUUCUUCCUCAGUCGACUUGGGGUUCAAUAUUCGAUGUACUCAGUCAGGAUUUGAAGAACUUGAAGCAUGAGUAUGCGUUGCACAGCUCGACAUCGUUCGACGGCCUCGUUCACGAUGAUUUACCUGAGGACGCGGAGGAUGACGAAGACCUUGAUACUGAUUCGCUUGAACCAUUGACCCCAACAGUAGAUAAGCGCGCGAAGUGGAUGGAGAUUCAACUGGCGAAACUGGAGGAACUGCAUCGCGAGGUUAACUUGGCGGCUGUGCGUACAAUUCUUGCAUCCAACGACCAAGGCUGGGACCCUCAUGGAUCCCUGCCGCAUGUGGGUAACACUUUAGCGCGGUUUGACCAGCUUGGUAUGGUGGACGAGGGUGGUCAUAAGCGGCCGAUGACGAGUGAAGAGCUAGAGAAGAAGUUGGUAGUAGCGAAGGAGGCUGCGGUGUUUGCUGAGGCAGAAUUGCGAGAGGCGAUGCAGGCAAUGUCGGUGAACAAGCCUUGAAGUGAGAGGUUGGACUUUCGCCGGGAGGGAACUACUUAAUUAC